AUGGGCAUAGUUGACAUAAAACAUUGCAGAGGAUGUUGCCAGCCAAUAGAGGACAAGUAUUUGCUCAGGGUCAAGGACGAAUGCUGGCAUGAAGGUUGCGUUAAAUGCUGUGCUUGCCAACAGACACUCAACUACACGUGCUUCUCGAAAGAUGGACAACUCUUCUGUAAGGAUGAUUAUGAGAAGAUGUUCGGUGUACGAUGCAGAGGCUGCCUCGACCUGAUUGGUCCAGACGAUCUGGUCAUGCGGACGGCUCAUGACGUCAUCUUCCACGUUCACUGUUUCCUGUGUUGCAUCUGCGGUCAGCUUCUUCACAGAGGGGACCACUACACUGUACUGGACAACAACAUCUACUGCCAGGCACAUUCCGAUUUAAUACUACUGCAGCAGCAGCAGCAACAACAACAACAAAUUAGCAAUCAGUACAACACCGAUGACGACAGUUGUAGCUUGGAAGAUGGCGACAACGACCAGAACAAAGGCCCGAAGAGACCAAGGACCAUCCUAACGACCUCUCAGCGUAGAAAGUUCAAAGCCUCAUUCGAAGUCAACCCCAAACCAUGUCGAAAGGUCAGAGAAACAUUGGCAACGGAAACAGGCCUGAGCGUGAGGGUGGUGCAAGUCUGGUUUCAAAAUCAGAGAGCCAAGAUGAAGAAACUUGCACGCCGUCAGACAGAGGAUGGAUCGAACGAUAAAAAUGAAAAAAAGGGAAACCAAAACAAACUCAAUAACAAUAACAACAACAAUAAUAAUAACAACAACAACAAUAACAACAAUAAAAAGAAAAAAGAGGAAGAAACCGGAGGUUCAACAACACCGUUCAGUGACUCCAGCUCCGAAGGGGAAGGUCAGACGACGGAAGAUAAUAAAAUAACUAAUUUAUAAAAUUAAAAUGAUGAUUAAUUACUUUAAUAACUAAUAAUAAAAUCAAAAAAUGUAUUUAAAAACAAAAAAAAAUAAGAUAAAUUAUUAUCUCUGCAAAUGAUAGGACCAUUGUCCAGUGACUCGAAACACAACGAAGACAGUAAAACCAACAACUCAUUCUCAAACUCGAUUCUAAGUGAGUAAGAUCAUAUUAACUGGUGUUUGUAAUUUAGUAAUUGGAAAAACUCGGUAAACUUUUAAAAAACCUAGAGAAUCUCAGUAAUCCUAACUAUUGAAAAGUAAUGCAUGAUAGUCAAAUUGAGAUUACAGUAAUAAGCAUUUGAUUGCAAAACAAUGUCAGUGUUUAUAAGGCCUGUACUGAAUGUUAUUCAAUGUUAUUUAAUAUGUUAUAGAUGUCGCCUAACAUCAAUGUCUCUGAUGUAUUUGCAAUGUGUUUUAAAAGUAAGACACAUAAACUAAAUGAUGUUAGCGAAUAUGAUGCGAUAAAUUGAUGUGACGUGAUAAUGUUUUGGAUGAGAUGAUUGCACGUGAGUGUUGAAUGUGUUGUAAAUGUUUUAAACGUUUUUGGCCUAUACCGAUGUAAGCAAUCUAGCAAACGCAGGCUCAUCAAUCGCCUCGAUAUAAAUCGUUAUACUUUUUGAUUCAACAUUAAACAACUUUCAAUCCAGACACAGACAAAAAGACACAGACCACACAGGCGACAACAUCGUCAUCCUCAUCAGCAGCAGCAACAGCAGCGUCAACGUUCGACAUCCUACUUCCAAGCGACCUACUCUUGAACGACGAUCGCUUCAGCGGCAUAAACAACAACAGAACCAUCGACAUAUUCAGUCCAUUCAACAACUUCUAUGCGUCCGACCACAAGGACCACAACAACGACACGCAGCUGCAACACAAAAGCAGCCCCUUCGAACACAACAGCAUAUUUUCCAACCACACCACCACCAACAACAACAACAACACCAACACCACCACCAACAACAACAACAGUAACAUAUUUGGACAUGGGCCGACAAAGCCAUUCGGUUACAACAACGAAAACAAAGCCACAAACCCAAUUGACAGGUUGUACUCCAUGCAGAGCGUCUACUUCAACACUGCAUAACACAAAACCAUAAAAUAACAAUAAUAAAUGAUAACAACAAUAAUAAUAUUUCAUGUGUAUUAAAGAGCACGAAUGAAAAAUAAUUGAAUAUAAUUGUUUUGGAAAACGAUAAAACCUAUUUGAUGUAUAUGAAAAUUUUUUAUUUCAAAUGUUAUAAAUGAAAAAAAGGAAAAUCUCAAUGAAUUAUUAUUAUUAUUAUGAUAUUCUUCUUUAAAUGCUACAAAAACCAACUAUCCUAUCAUCUGACGUCAUUUUUUCUCAGUGCAAUAUUAAAUCAUUUCAAUUUCCUA